AUGUUGGGCCCCGUCACUAAUACCACCCCAUCCGGCGAGUCGGAUAGGAAGGAGGCUAUCAGGCUCUUCGACCUCGCACAUAUCGCUAGCUUUCAAUACUCGCCCCUAAGCCUCCGGCACCUACCGCAGCCCGUGCCCAAAGACGCGCCCGCCAACAUGGACAAGUCCAUCUUCACCUUCGAGGAUGCCUUUGAAGACCUGUUGGCCGUGACGGCGGGGAGUCCCAUGCCCGACAUACGACAAAAGUACGAACAACGGAAGCUUCUGCGGCAGAUGUUCCAGUUCGGAGAGCCCUACAUGUACUGGACCCGCCGACUACAGGCAUCUGGCCUGGUGAGCGACCAGGUGUUGCCGCCGUUGGGAGUCCUGCAGAAGGAAAUUGAUCGCCAGGCGUCCGAGGUGUGGGAGCGCAUGAGGAGGGGUGAAGAUGAUCCCUUCGCCAGACUGAUGGAGCUUCGAGACGAGAUGUUCCGAAAUGUCCCAGAGCUCUCCGUUCACCGCGACGCCAAGAACCAGUCGCGGCAGCAACCCGACCACGAAGACGACUUGUUCCUACCGCUGCAGAAUCUCGCAGACUCUGGAAGGCGCUCGUGGGAUACCUUGGUCAAGCACAUGACGGAGGUCACGCACCAAGCCGAGCGGAAGACUGGUCAGAACCAGCCGGCGGCAGCGUCAGAGAAUAAGGUUGAGGAGAGCCAGGACGAGUACGUCGACAAGUUCGGAUACGUUCACAAGACAAUCGUACAAAAGGAGAUUGAUAGCAAUGGGAACGAAGUCGGCAGCGCCACCAUCUACCAAACGUACCCUGCUCCUGCCAACCACAAGGAUAUCCGGGACGACAAUACAAACGAGCAAGUCAUUGAUUACGGCGGGGAAGACCACGAUGGAGCUGACGAGGCCAGGAACAAGGAUGGCAAAUCGGGAUGGUUCUGGAAAUGA